UGCUGUGACUCUAGUGUCUAGUCUAUGCAUAUAUAUAUCAUAUGUUUCCCCUAAUGUGCUCCAAUGUUCUUUAGUCACCCAAGAUCAUUUCGUGUAUUUAAUAUGUAUAGUUAAAUUGUUAAGUACUUGAUAUAUUAUGAAUGUGAUUCCUCUAAUCUUAGUAUUGUUUCUUGCUAAAAUAUGUUGCAGUACUCUGUUACCACCGACAGGAAAAAAUGAGAAAGAGAAAGGAAAGCUUAACAAUAAAGAAUGCAAGGGUUCUAUAGACCAAAAUGUUUUCCAAAAAAACUUAGUAGUAGAAAAUCCUAAACAACGGGAUAUUCUUCAUGAAUCUGGUUGUUAUUGUCAAAAUACUAAGCACAGAAGAUUUAAAGGAGAUGUCUUAGGAUAUUGUUCACCCGUGAGUAAUAUAUAUUACAUAGUUAUUGGUUAUUGUAACAUUGUCAGGUAUAUAUAUAAGAUCAUAAUGAAAUCCAAUGAUAUACUUAAUAUCAAAUUGUAUUAUUACAAAUUUCUUUUGAAAAUUUGUUAACAAAAAUUCUAUAGC